AUGGCUUCUAAUGUGGCCGCCGACGAGCACGACAACACGGAGACCGAGGAGGGCACAAUCGCUCGCCAGAAAAAGCGGAGUAGGCGAGUGAGCUUUGCCGAGAUGACUUCGGUUCAUAUUUUUGACCGCGACGAAGAGGACGAGACUCCUCAGAACCCCAAACCUAACUCUGACGAUAUUGCCCCGCCGGAAUUAGAGCAUUCCGGUGAUGACCUAGGGUUUCAACAGGACCCGGAAUCUUCACGUGAUGAAGAAGAGGGUGAUGAAGGUCAGGAGGAAAUUUUCCGGAGGAGGGCGUUUUUGAGGCCGACUGAAUCGCCUUCUCCUGGAAGUACCGUUGGUUCUGCUACCUCCAAUGAUGAAGAUAAUUUUUUUGGUCCUGUAUCAACUAGUUUUAUUAGACCUGGACGGCUUUCGGACUCUGCAGCUUCUGAUGAAAAUCAUGAUAUUACUAUGGAUUCAACGGCUUUCUCAAUGCAUUUUCGCAGCCUAGCUAGAUCAGAGUCGGGGGUAGGAGACUCUAAGACCCCAACUGUGGUUCACCUCUCCUUUGAAGAGAACACCCCUGUCCACACUAAUGUAGGAAGUUCAAUGGUACUGACUGGAGCUAAGAAGCCAAUUUUUGUCUCUUCCAUGCCUGUUACACAAGUAAGUUGUGGUAAUGAUUCAAAUGAUAUGAGUCUUGUUGGAGAAAAUCCACACCGGUAUGAUUAUGACAGAUUAUCUCCUGGAUUGGAUGCACUUUUGGCAGAAGGCAGCAAGGAUGUGCAUACCAUUUCUAGUUCUCAUAAAAUUAGUGCUUCAACAUCACCCAGUAAAAAGGAAAGUAAAAUUUUGGCAUCGAAGGAGCAUGGGGGUCAUACAAUGGAUCUAACUGGUGGUAGAAAUAAAGAAGCCGGUGCAAUUGAUACAUAUGAUAUGAGCAUUGAGGCAGUUUAUGCUGUGCAUAAUUACCUGGGUGAGAUAAAUGCUAGCGCUUCUCCUAUCACUUUUGGUCUUUCAUCUCGUACAUCUAUGGAACAUCCUGAUGCUUCUACUGAUCACCAAAACUGGUCACCUAACCAAUUAAACAAAGGCAUGUUGGUUGAUAAUAAUGGGGAGUCUGUUAAAGAUGCUUUUGAAUUGAGGAGGCCUGAUCCAAACCUAUCCACUGUUAGUCAGGGCAACCCAUCAAAUCUGGAUAAUGACAUUCGUCAAUCACAUGGGGUUACACAGCCUGGAGGUGAAACGCCAGUGGCACAGUUUAUAUCCUCUUCAUCUGCUAAAGGAAGGCAAAUACUUUCUAAUAAUGAUAGUCCAUCCAAAUAUCCAUUGAUUGUGACUCCUUCCCACAUGAUACACAAUAAAAGUACAUCGUCUAUUCAGAAAAGUGUUUCUAAACUCCAGAUGCUUGAAGCUUCUCCUUUUUCUUCUACGCUCAAUGCCAAAAUUGACAGCUUAAAGCUAAGAUCAUUAGAUCACCUUCUAAGGACUCCUCCAUUUGAUUCUUUUCUGGAAAAAAGGAGCAAUGAUCCCCAGGUCAAAGAUAUGGAUGCCACAGUUACUCGUUCAGUCAACACUUACAGAAGCAGGAUUGAGACUCUAAAAAAUAUUGGAGAGGUGAGUUAUACCAAAGAAUCUGCAGGCCUCGUAAAUAGUGGAAAAUCUCCACAUCAAGUUUCUGGAGAGACCCUUUGGACAAAUCAAGCAAGUAAAUUUAUGACUGGAUCAGCUUCACCCUCUAAGUUUACUUCUUCCAUGAAUUAUACUGAAGAAUCUGCGGGCCUUGUAAAUAGUGGAAACUCUCCACAUCAAGUUUCUGGAGGGAUCCUCUGGACAAAUAAACCAAGUAAACUGACGACUGCAGCAGCUUCACCCUUUAAGUUUACUUCGUCUGGAAAGAAGAUGCAGCAGAGCCUCUUGGCAUCGGAAGAUCCCACUGGAGGGACAUUGGUUACUUCUGGAACUGAUUCCUCAUUUGCACAGGAUAAUGAACUUGUAAACUUUGGCCCAGACCAAGAUGCAGCUUCAAAAGAAGUUAUUAUACACACAAGCCUCUCAACUACAAAUGCUGAUAAGGUGGGCUCUUUGGUCAUGGAAUGGACUACCUCGCCUAUGAUUGAAAUCAACAAUUUCAAAGACUUACCUGAAGUAUAUAUGACAGAUGAUGGAGAAACUAAUCUUCAUGAUCAGAGAAAGGUAUCAGGAAUUGGGGACUUCCUGAGCCCUCUGAGGUACAAGGAAUUCCAAAAAUUUCAAUCUCAGGUUCCCAAUGGGAACCUCAAAAGUGGAAGAGACGUAGCCAAGUUUAAAAAUGACAUUCCUGGAGUAGGGAUAAAAGCUGCUUCUCCGUUGGCUGAGCCGUCACGUGAGAAUCUGGUAGAACGAGUUAUUCAAAGUCCGGCAAGGAAAGAGCUAUUUGAACGGAUACAAAAUGACAAUAUGAAUUCUGUUGUGGAAGAUGUACCAUAUCCCAAGUUCAAUGAAUUGACUAACGGAUUUGAGAGGUGUUCUCCAAGGAAAAGAAGAAAUGAAGAAAUAAUACUAAAGGACAGGGAUAAUGAGUAUGAAAUUGCCAUGAUCCAGAGGAGUUCAAAACUUCACAAAGGUGGAGGUUGUGAUUCAGAACUCGUGGAGUGUCCUAGUGGGGGUAACAGUGAAACAUCCAUGACUGGCAAUGAAUCGAAGCACUGGUCUGAUAUUUACUUAAAAUUCUCAACGGAUACAAAACAUUUGCUGUCUCCUUCAAUUUAUAAACUUAAUUUGCAGGAGAUUGAUGUGCUGGAAGAUAUUUUGGUUCACCUGCAAAGGCUAAAAACAUAUGAGAUGCUUUGCACUGAAAUCCAGUCUCAGAAAACAUUUGAACAGCACCGUGAUCUUCGGCAGGCGAGAGUAGCGGAAACAAGAAUGUUGUUGCAUAGAAUUGUGCAUGAGCAGGCGAAAUUGCUAUUAAUGCGUGUGAAGCGAGAGAAAUUGCUGAAAAAAUUACAACUAAUGAGCUCUGGAAUUCAGGAAUGUCAAAUGUUAAAGUUGAUUUCUUUGUCACAAGUAUCUGUAGCAUGCACAAGAGAUGCUCAAGUGGAUGAUGGUCAGCCCCAAUCCAUGACAGCCAAUUUGAAGGGCAUACAAGAGGUUGCCAAUGACAAAGUUGCCGCAAUGGGGCAUGUAUUGGAAGUUUCAGACCGAAAAAUCAUUAACUUGAUCAAGGCUUUUCACUCUUCUUGUAAGAUUAAAGGAGAACCAAAUUGCGCUGCCACUAUUUCAUUAGUUAAUGAUCAUUUGAUGAAGAGAGCAUGUUGCAGGUCCAUACGCCUAGAUCUGCAGUUGUGGGCUGUUGACACUCUGGAGAGUAGGCAUGGUCAUUGCAAUGUCAUCUUGAACUACCUUGGUUCAUCAUUCAAAGUUUCACAAUUACUGUUGGGCCAGUCUCAAGCACUGUCAUUUCAACUAAAUUGA